AGCCAUGAACCCGUUAUUCGGCCCAAACCUCUUCCUCCUGCAGCAGGAGCAGCAGGGCUUGGGAGCCGCGGGGCCCGAGCAGCGCCAGCGCCAGAAGCUGCCGGCCCACCUCUUCCUUCCCCAAGAGCCCCAGGGCGACUCGUUCGACGGGGAACUGGCCCCGCCGGCUUCCCUCGCCGCCGGGUCUUCCUUCCCGGCGCCGCCGGCCGCCAUGGCCCUCCGCAACGACCUGGGCUCCAACAUCAACGUGCUGAAGACCCUCAACCUCCGCUUCCGAUGCUUCCUGGCCAAGGUGCACGAGUUGGAGCGCCGCAACCGGCAGCUGGAAAAGCAGCUGCAGCAGGCCCUGGAGGAAGGGGGAGCCCGUCGGGGCAGCCUGCAGCGCCGGGACCAAGCCGUCCAGACCGGCUUCAUCAGCCCCAUCCGCCCGCUGGGACUCUCCUUGACCAGCGGGGCUAGCAGCGGCAGCCGGUCGGUGGGACUGGGCAGCAGCACGUCGAGGGUGCUGAUUUCCCCCAGCUGCCACCACCCGGGAGCACCGCUCACCCCCACUUCUUGCCACUCUCCCUCCUUGCCCAGCAGCGCUUUCUCCGCAUCCUCCCGCUUCCUGCCUGGGACCAUCUGGUCGUUCUCACAGGCUCGCCGUCUGGGGCCAGGCCUAGAGACUACCCUAGUUCAGGGGCCCGGGGUCUCCUGGAUGCACCCGGAUGGCGUUGGGGUGCAGAUAGACACCAUCACCCCUGAAAUCCGGGCUCUCUACAAUGUCCUGGCCAAGGUGAAGAGGGAACGGGAUGAAUACAAGCGCAGGUGGGAAGAGGAGUACACGUUGCGGGUUCAGCUGCAGGACCAAGUGACCGAGCUACAUGAGGAAGCCCAAGAAGCAGAAGCAUGUCAGGAGGAGCUGGCCAUGAAAGUGGAGAAGCUAAAAGCAGAGCUGGUCGUGUUCAAAGGACUGAUGAGUAAUAAUCUUAGUGAGCUGGACACCAAGAUCCAAGAGAAGGCCAUGAAGGUAGACAUGGAUAUUUGUCGACGUAUCGAUAUCACAGCUAAAUUGUGUGAUGUAGCCCAACAGCGCAACUGCGAGGACAUGAUCAAAAUGUUUCAGAAGCAGUUGUCUCUGCACUUGUCUCCCAUUAAGGUCCCAGCUACAGUGGGGCGGAAACGGGAGCGAAAGCUGGUCAGUGAUGAGGACACCUCCCUCUCCGAGAGUGAGGCCCCCAAAAAAGUAGAAGAGGAAGAAGAGGAUGAGACCACUGCAAGCAUCAAUGAAGAGAUGCAGAGGAUGCUGAAUCAGUUAAGGGAAUAUGAUUUUGAAGACGACUGUGACAGUCUCACCUGGGAGGAGACUGAAGAAACACUGCUGUUGUGGGAAGAUUUCUCUGGCUAUGCUAUUGCUGCUGCCGAGGCACAAGGAGAGCAAUCAGAUGACAGUUUGGAGAAAGUGAUCAAGGACACAGAGUCACUCUUCAAAAGCAGAGAGAAGGAAUAUCAGGAAACCAUUGACCAAAUUGAGCUGGAAUUAGCAACAGCAAAGAAUGACAUGAACCGGCAUCUGCAUGAAUACAUGGAGAUGUGCAGCAUGAAGCGUGGGCUGGACGUGCAGAUGGAGACAUGUCGUCGCCUCAUCACCCAGUCUGGAGAUAGAAAAUCUCCUGCAUUUACUCCGGUACCGAACUGUGAAUCAGCCCCAAACGAGGAAAGAGAGGAGUCCGAUCAUGACCUCCCAAGUGACGCCUCGAUAAGAUAAUGAGGGAGGUUUUGUCCCCUCUGUGUGUUCCCCUCCUGUCCUGGGAGUGUGAAUGUAUUGAGGGGGAGAUUUGUCCUAGCUAAAGCUCUGAGGGGCAGAAAGGGGCAAGAAGCCACUCCUAGAAUUCUGCCACUCAUACCUCCCUACUUGAAGGUGGAGCCAACCAAGAUGCCCAGGGCAAGGAGAUGUCCCAGCUCUUUCCCAUCCCUUCUUGCUCCUUCCUUCUUGCCAUUGCUUGUGUGGGGAGGCUCCCAUCUAACUGUAUCUGGCGCCCUGAAGAUUUGCCUUAUGAAGCCCCGUCUUCCUUGCAGCCUCCAAACGUACGUGACUCUCCUCCCCCUGCUAUAUGUAUAGAAGCAGGGUCUGCCUCUCUCAGCAAAACUGAACUUUCUCUUGGUGCCAAGUGGACCGAAGGCUGGGCUAAUAGAGCCCACCCCUCCAGGCCACAAUGUACACAAUAGUGACAGUCUGUUGUUGUGGAGUCACAGAAUGAACCCCAUCCCUCCACCUCAGCUCUGGCCUUGCCUUGCUUGGCUGUGCCCUUCUGGCACAGAAGUCAUAUGUGAUGUGUUAUGUCUGGAAACAAGAACAUUAAAUGGUUACCUUCCUUUUUCAACAGCUGUUGUUAGUGAGUUUGUUUCUGAAAUGUGUGUCUCAUGUAGCCGAGUUUUUAAAAGACAUGUAAUGACCCUGUUCCGAGC